UUUUUGGUGGAUUGGUUCAGGAUCCUCAAUUUUCAGAGCCAAGAAUUGAUGAUAAUCUUUACGUGCUUGAUAUUGUAACAAAAAGAUGGAGUAGAAUUACUGUGAACGGUACAUCACCAAUUGGUCGAUAUGGACAUUCUGUGGCUGUUAUCGGAUCAAAAAUGUAUAUAUUUGGUGGUCGAUUCGAAGGAUAUUAUUUAAAUGAUUUGUUGGCAUUUGAUGUGAACACGUAUGUUGCAAACGGUGCUGGUUGGGAAUUUAUUACUCCAGCAAGCCAAUCUCCUCCGGGAAGAAUGGCUCAUAUAUCAUGCGUGUAUAAUGAUAAGAUUUAUAU